GCCCUUCCUGUUUGUACAUCUGGAAUGAGAGAGAGUCAACACUUCCCCUGCGUCUGUCAAUCUGGGUGAAGACGACCAGCCGUAUGUGCUUUGUAUGUCGAGCAUGGAAUUAAAUGUACAGUACCUGGAGAUAUUUAACUCAAUUUUAAAAAAUCCAUGGUGACUUUUACGAUUUUGCGCUUGUCAACUAUUGAGCAGUUUUCCACAUGGGUCAUGGACAAGGCUCUGUGAGCAGAUCAGGCUCUUCUACAUCAUCAGGAUGUUGUGUGGUCACACAAAGAACUGAGGCCCAGGGUGCUGGUUGGCCCCUGAGGACGAAGACCAGGAAGCCAGGCACCCAGACAGUCCUCAGGGAUGUUCUCUAGGGGCCACGAGAAGGGCCUCAGUGGACCAGAUGAAUACAGCGGUGUAGAGGCACCUCACAGUCCACACAAGUGGUCCAAGAGGAGGGAGCUGGGGGGUAAGAAGAGCACUCAGAGCCCCAAGGUGGGCCGGAGCCUGCGGAGGAAGUUCCAGAAGUUCCUGCAGGGCCCAGCAGGGCCGGGGGAACCCUCCAUCCACCAGCCCCAGGAUCUGCUUUCCCCUGUGGAGCAGGACAUAUUUAUAUGUGGCCUGAAGAGAGACCCCUCCAGUGGGGAGUUCACUGGACUCCACUCCUCCCUGCCCAAUGGCAGAAGUCACACAGGGACUCUAAACCCACCUGUGGCUGGGAAUAUGACGCUGAACAGAGAGGGCUUCAUCCACGCCCCUGGUACUGUAAGUACCAACGGCCCCACCGCUAGCCUACCCAUCACUCCCUCUGGAGAGAGCAGCAGCGCUGAAUGUCAGGAUGGGAUCGGGGUUGUGGAGGACACACACAGGCCUUCUCCUAGUGAAGAGGAGGAAGAUGAGGGAGAGAAAUGCUCCAGUGACAUCGUCGAACACAUCUUGAAAGAGCUGAGAGGUAUCAACAAGAUUCAGGAGGAGAUCGCAGACCUGCGGCAGUACCUGACCUCUGUGAGAGGCUCAGUGGACGAGGUCUCCUGCUGUGUGGAUGCAGUGCUGAAUGAGAUAGGGGAGCUCUACUACUCUGGAGCCUCAGCACCAGGACCCCAGACCCCUCAGAGGCUUAGUGGCAGCCCGGGCUGUCAGAAUGUUGUCACAGCCUUCCACAGGAGGGCCACCAGUCCUUUACUGGAGUGCCUGCAGGGGUCUUGGGACAAAGACCCAGUGAAGAUGAUGAUGGUGCCACCCCAGGAGUCACCUAAAACAUGGAGAGAAAGGUUAGCUCCUUGCCAACCCGAACCAGCUGACCAGGAGAAUUCCGACCACAGCUCAGAAGUGCCCUCUUCGCAACCAGGGCCCAGUCAAGCCAGCCUCUCCUACCUGGACCAAGGGUAUGCCCAUGACUGCCCCAGCACCAGCUCCCUGUCGUCAGGUCACAGCUCCAACACUCUGGACCGGGAUGCCAGGUACCGCUCGGUUAAGGCCAGGCUAUGGCAGAGUGGCUGGGCCUCGGCAGGCAUGCAGCACAGUGUGAGCGGAGAUGGGGGGUGGAGCGAGGAGAACGGUUGGAGCGAAGAAGACAUCUACUCCUGUCAGAACAGUGGGGAGGAGGUGGAGGACCACUCUGCAGGGCCAGGUGCCUGGGACAGGUACACCACAGGAGAGACCAGCAGCACCCCAGGCCAGUCCUCCCACAGCAGCUCAGAGCACCUGUCCCUGCUGUUCGGCAUCCAUAAGAACUCCCCCUCCAGCUCGUCCAGUGUGGUGGACUGGCGGCACCCCAGGCAGCAGGGCAGCAAUGGACACCUAGUGUGUGACUGUUCAGCCAACUGCCCAUACUCUCGGAGCUCCGGCUACCACACAUUGGACGCCUAUGCUGAUGUGGGGAGCUGUGGGCCGUCCAGGAGCAUGAGUUGCUCCACUGUGCUGCUCACAGACUGUGAUGAUGGUUACCUGGAGCUGCACUCCCCCUAUGACCGCUAUACGUCCUCCGCUGACACCCUGCAUGUGGGAUCCGUUGAGAGCCUGGACAGGGAGUGGACUGAACAGUGUGUCCCAAGAGACGAUGCAGGAGGGUGGGGGUCGGGGGACCUGCCUAGCCCUGAGCCUGAGAACACCCAGCUCCUCAAUGUGGGAUUUGAUGUGAAAAACAUUGGGAAGGCUGUGCUCACCUUUAGGUCUGCUUUGAAAGGGGCUCUGAGGAAGCUGGAGGAUUCGAGCCCGGAGCCUGGCAACGAUGACAGUGAGUCAGAAGCAGCUCCCCCUCCUGUCAGAACCUGCUCCCCUGAACCCCCGGAGGGAGCGAUCACUAUGCCAACUGAUCACGUUCGCUCUGCGUCUCCUCUGGAAGAAUACAGCGAGGCCUCAAUCUAUGUGGACUGCAGCCCAGCCCAAGAGAACCUGCCUUGCUCCCUACAAGCAUCCCCAAAUGAAAGGACUCACUCCCCCUGCACCCCUACCGAGUAUCACUCCAUGGAGCAUUUAGAGAGCCAAGGAGAGUAUCAGACUGAUGGAGAACUGUCCAACCCAGAGCUGACACCAGACCACAGUCCUCCAGGAAGGGCUGUGAAGAGUUCAGCAGAUUUUAACAUCAGCCCAGAGGGGAGAGGGUUAAGUCCAACAGGGUUAAGUCCAAUAGGAGAAGACCACGAUGGAGCUGAUCAGGAUGAGUUUAGUGAACAGGAUGUUGUUAGCCCUAAGAAGGAACGCCUUGCUAAUCUGCAGCGCAUCCUGAAAGAAAAAAGACAGAGACGUAAACUUUCCAAAACUUCCCAAGGAUCCCAGUCCAUGUUCUCUGAGGAGGAGUUCAAUCCAGAUGGCAGCAGAGAAGAUGACCAGGGACGAGAUGAUGGACCCAACUCCAGACAAGCUUGGAUCAAACCAGGCGGUGGAAGUGGUUUGUUUGGGAUUGACAGCAUGCCAGACCUUCGUAAGAGGAAGCCUAUACCUCUGGUCAGCGAUGUGGCUAUGUCACUGGUCCAGGCUAGAAAGGCUGGAAUCACCUCUUCCAUGGCCGCGCGCUCCUCCGUCAAAGACGAGGAGCUGAAGAACCACGUUUAUAAGAAGACUCUUCAGGCUCUGAUCUACCCCAUCUCCUGCACCACGCCCCAUAACUUUGAGGUGUGGACGGCCACUACGCCCACCUACUGUUACGAGUGUGAGGGGCUGCUGUGGGGCAUUGCCCGCCAGGGCAUGAGGUGCUCCGAGUGCGGGGUUAAGUGUCACGAGAAGUGCCAGGAACUGCUGAAUGCUGACUGCCUGCAGCGUGCUGCGGAGAAGAGCUCCAAGCAUGGGGCUGAGGAUCGUACCCAGAACAUCAUCAUGGCCAUGAAGGACCGCAUGAAGAUCAGGGAGAGGAACAAGCCGGAGAUCUUUGACGUGAUCCGGGAUGUCUUUGUCGUCAGCAAGGCGAUCCACGCUCAGCAGAUGAAGACCAUCAAACAGAGUGUACUGGACGGAACAUCCAAGUGGUCGGCCAAGAUCACCAUCACAGUGCUGUGUGCCCAGGGACUGCAGGCCAAAGACAAGACGGGUUCCAGCGACCCCUACGUCACGGUCCAGGUGGGCAAGACCAAGAAGAGGACCAAAACCAUCUACGGCAACCUCAACCCUGUCUGGGAGGAGAAGUUCCACUUCGAGUGUCAUAACUCGUCGGACCGCAUCAAGGUGCGUGUGUGGGACGAGGACGAUGACAUCAAGUCCCGGGUGAAGCAGCGUCUGAAGAGAGAGUCCGACGACUUCCUGGGUCAGAGCAUCAUCGAGGUCCGCACGCUCAGCGGAGAGAUGGACGUCUGGUAUAACCUGGAGAAGAGGACCGACAAGUCGGCCGUGUCCGGCGCUAUUCGUCUCCACAUAAGUGUGGAGAUCAAGGGAGAGGAGAAAGUGGCUCCCUAUCACGUCCAGUACACCUGUCUACACGAGAACCUCUUCCACCACUCAACGGACGUUCUGGGCCAGGGGGUGGUGAGGAUCCCAGAUGCCAAAGGAGACGAUGCCUGGAAGGUGUACUUUGACGAGGUGGCCCAGGAGAUAGUGGACGAGUUUGCCAUGCGAUACGGGAUCGAGUCAAUCUACCAGGCAAUGACGCACUUUGCCUGCCUGUCCUCUAAGUACAUGUGUCCUGGCGUUCCGGCAGUGAUGAGCACCCUGCUUGCCAACAUCAAUGCCUUCUACGCCCACACCACUGCCUCCACCAACGUCUCCGCCUCUGACCGCUUCGCCGCCUCCAACUUCGGGAAAGAACGCUUUGUCAAGCUAUUGGAUCAACUCCACAACUCCUUGCGCAUUGACCUCUCCACAUAUAGGAACAACUUUCCUGCCAGCAGUAAGGAUCGUCUCCAGGACCUGAAGUCCACUGUGGACCUACUGACCAGCAUCACCUUCUUCAGGAUGAAGGUCCAGGAACUGCAGAGUCCCCCUAGAGCCAGUCAGGUGGUGAGGGACUGUGUUAAGGCCUGCCUCAACUCCACCUACGACUACAUCUUCAACAACUGCCAGGAGCUGUACAGCCGCCAGUACCAGCUGCUGGACACACACAAAGAGGAUCUUCCCCUGGAGGAGCAAGGCCCCAGCAUCAAGAACCUGGACUUCUGGCCCAAACUGAUCACCCUUAUAGUCUCCAUCAUAGAGGAGGACAGGAACUCCUACACACCCGUGCUCAACCAGUUCCCUCAGGAGCUGAAUGUGGGGAAGGUGUGUGCUGAAGUCAUGUGGGCGCUGUUCUCCCAGGACAUGAAGUAUGCCAUGGAGGAGCAUGAAAAGCACCGGCUGUGUAAGAGUGCUGACUACAUGAACCUGCACUUCAAGGUCAAGUGGCUGUACAAUGAGUAUGUGAAGGACCUGCCAAACUUCAAAGGGGUUGUACCCGACUACCCAUCGUGGUUCUUACAGUUUGUGCUGCAGUGGCUGGAUGAGAAUGAAAGCGUUUCCAUGGAGUUCAUGCAUGGAGCUCUGGAGAGAGACAAGAAAGAUGGAUUCCAGCAGACAUCUGAGCAUGCUCUCUUCUCUUGCUCGGUGGUGGAUGUCUUCACCCAGCUCAACCAGAGCUUUGAGAUCAUCAAGAAACUGGACUGUCCUGACCCAAAGGUCAUGGCCCACUAUAGCCGACGAUUCGCCAAGACUAUUGCCAAAGUUCUUCUGCAGUACAGUGCCAUUCUGACCAAGAGCUUCCCCUCCUACUCUGACAAAGAGAAGAUUCCCUGUGUACUGAUGAACAAUGUGCAGCAGUUGCGUAUCCAGCUGGAGAAGAUGUUUGAGUCCAUGGGUGCCAAACAGCUGGACACAGAAGCCAGUGACCUCCUGAAUGAGCUUCAGGUCAAGCUGAACAAUGUGCUGGAUGAGCUGAGUACCACGUUUGGAAACAGUUUCCAGGUUUGUAUUGAUGACUGUAUGAGACAGAUGGCCUCUCUGCUGUACCAGAUCAAGGGCCCAGUCAACGCCAACAGCCGCAACAUGGUGGAGGCCGACUCUGACAACGUGCUACGGCCACUUAUGGACUUCCUGGAUUCAAAGUUAACGCUGUUUGCCACAGCGUGUGAGAAGACUGUUCUAAAGCGGGUUCUGAAAGAGCUGUGGAGGAUUGUGAUGAGCAGCCUGGAGAAGACCAUCGUCCUGCCCCAAGGAAACGACACCUUCGUAAGGCCUAACACCCUCCUAACAUUUACCUUCAAACCUGGCCCUUUUCCUCACGAGACUACUCCAAACACACCGUCACCUAAUGUUGUGUAUUCCUCUCCUCAGGGGGCUCAGAUCCUGUCUGCAGCCAAGGAACUGGGGCAGCUCUCCAAGCUUAAAGAUCACAUGGCAGGAGAGGCCAAAAGCCUGACACCUAAACAGUGUGCUGUCAUGGAUAUAGCACUGGACACAAUCAAACAAUACUUCCAUGCAGGAGGGAACGGUCUGAAGAAGGCGUUCCUGGAGAAGAGUCCUGAGUUGACCUCACUACGCCACGCUCUGUCCCUUUACACACAGACCACAGACACGCUCAUCAAGACCUUCGUCACAACACAACACACACAAGGGUCAGGAGUGGACAAGCCGGUGGGAGAGAUAUCCAUUCAGAUCGACCUAUUCACCCACCCUGGUACUGGGGAGCACAAAGUCACUGUCAAAGUGGUGGGAGCCAAUGAUCUGAAGUGGCAGACGUCUGGGAUGUUCCGGCCCUUUGUGGAGAUCACCAUGAUUGGACCCCACCUCAGUGACAAGAAGCGCAAGUUCCAAUCCAAGUCCAAGAACAACAGCUGGGCGCCCAAGUUCAACGAGACCUUCCACUUUAUCCUAGGUAAUGAGGAUGGCUUUGAGUGCUACGAGCUGCAGAUGUGUGUGAAGGACUAUUGUUUUGGCCGUGCCGAUCGGGUGGUGGGCAUGGCUGUGAUGCAGCUGCGGGAUGUGGCAGAGAAGGGCAGUGUGGCGUGCUGGUGCCCCCUGGGUCAGCGGGUCACCAUGGACGAGACCGGCCUCACCGCCAUGCGCAUCCUCUCCCAGCGCUCCAACGACGAGGUGGCCAAGGAGUUCGUCAAGCUCAAGUCUGAGUUACGCUCUGAGGAGGAGGGCAGAUGAGGUCUCCCUGAAGGAGGGGUGUGAAGGGCCUCUAGUAAAGUGGGAAGUAAUAGGAGCACAUUGACUACUACUUUGGACUAAUAAUGUCCCCUGGCUGCUAUUGGCUGUUUGAUGGACACUGGUUCACCAUCACACUGUCACUCACUGUGUUUUUCUCAGACUCCACCUUUUGUGUCCCUCACUCACCAUCUCCUACACAUACGUAGUUAGUUUCUCUCUCACUCCAAUGGUUAUUAGGCACAAUCUCACACAAUAUUGUACUUAUGUUGGUUCGCCAGUCUGGCACUAUGGACAUGCCAUGGGAGCUAUAUGCCAAUCAAUUCCUGCCAGCCUGUAUGCACUUCAGUACAGGGUCUCCCCCUCACCCCACAAUCCCCCUCAGUGUUUAUGUGCAAUAUGUGGCCAUAUGUUUGAUGCCUUACACUUUAGAAGCUGUGAAUGUGUGAAGUUCAGACACAAAACUGUAACUGUAGUAGAAAGCUGUUUAUCUUCCUCAAUCUCUCUUUAGUGUUCUUCGGGAUCCAUGUUCAUCUCAUUGAUGCCACUAUUAGGGUCCAAAUGCAGGAUGUCAUUGUUGCUGUUUUGUUCGAAAUAGAUUCACCUGGUUUCUAUCGUUUGGACUUCUACCGCAUGUCAAGUAACCUACUCCUAAAUAUAGUGUACAAAUCCACCGUUUUUCCCUGUAGAAAAGUGGUGGGGGGGUUGUAUUGAAAUUAGUGCCGUGUGGUGGUUCUGAAGUGAGUUUUAUGUUUGUCACCCCUAUUUUUUGACAUGAGGUACUGUAACGGCAACAGCACUCAAUGUAAAGGGUUUGUAAGUUGUGUGCCUUGUCAAGUAUUGGGCUCCUAUUCAUAACCCAUUAGUCCCAUACAGUGUUAACAAUGCACUUUGAAUAAGAAUUACUGUAAUAUUUUUUAGUCUAAAUUGUCAAAUGUUCUUAACACAAGGGCUGCCUUCUAUCCAGAGAAACUUCCUUUUAAGGAUAGAGUGGUGAGCACUUUUUAAUUUGGACUAUUGCUUCUUACAUCAAAAACAGCAAUGGUGUAUGUAGGGCCCUGUCUUGAACUUAGUAAUCACUGCUAAAUGACCAACCCUCAAUGACAGCCAUUUUGUUUAUAGUUUUUAUGUAUUUAUUCCAUAUGUAUACUCUGGUCUACUUUGCAAACAGAGGGCUGCUAGAUGGAGUUUGAGUGUAGUUUUCAAAGUGGUUUUGAAUAGCUUUUUACUGCAGUUUUCUAGCAGGACCCUACAGAUACUAACUGGACCUAGAGGGUCUUUUGGGACCAGAGGAGUUUAAAUGGUUUUAAUCUCAGAUGAGGGAAAGGCUAGCCUCGUAUGGUUCGUAACGAGGAUAGGAAAAGGCAGUCCAAGCUCUCGGUUUGCAAAUAUUUUUCAGCUCUGUUUCCUUGUAUCUCUGAGUGGCCUUACAUUGGUGAUAAUAGAAGAUUUCUAUAUACAUGUUUUUACCCCCCCAUUUUCUGUGCAUUUCUUUUGUCUCACAACGAUACAGAGGGUUGGUCAAUUUGACCGAAAUCAACCGUAUCAGACUGAUAUUGUCUGUGAUUUUCCUUAUUGCUGUUACUUUAUUUUUGUUUUUAAUUGUAUUGGAGGAUUUAUAUUUGUUUAGAUGUAUUCAUUUUCUGAGAUAUAGUAUUUAUAUUUUUGUUAUUUUCCAUUUUGAUCCCUCUUAAAAAAUGUUGGAGUGAUGUUCAGUACGGUAUCAUGAGUUUAUUGGAUCUACAGUAUACAGUAAGGGGUAAUGCAUGCCUGUCAUAUCCCUGAUAGAAACGAGGAGAAUUUUUUGCUAUUUGUCAAGUAACACUGCCGUUGUCCAUACAAUAAUUGUCAGUUUGAUGUUCACACAAAGAAGAAAACUGCAACAUCACACACUGUUAAAGCUAUAUCUGGGCUUUAUAUGCAGAAUCUACAGUACCAAUGUGAAUACAUCUUUUGGGCUGUUGAUUUAGGGGAAAAUGUCUACUUCUAAGGAGGGCAUUGCCACUAACAUACAUGUUCCUUGUGCCAAGCUGUGCAAGAGUUCACUUUUUGCUUCAUUUACAUUUUUUAAACCUUGUGAAGCAUUGCACUAUAAUUAAAUCACUACAAUAGUUAGCACGUGUUGUAUGUCCGAGUAACUGGACUUUUGUGAAGUUUUAUUUGUAUUUUGCAACUGGAAAAAUCAUGGUAUUGAUCAUUAAAAUGUGUACAUUACAAUUUAUUAAUUUUGUAUAAAGUAUUUAAGAAAUAGCUA